GAUGGAAUAUUCCAGUGUUUUGCAUGUAACAACCUCUAUUCAUAACUAUGAUCUCGCUUGCAUAGUACUGACCAUAAGCAAUGGCCCAUUUUCUUCAAGCUCGUCCAAGGCGAUGGAUCCGAUCACAAUCAUCAGUGCUUUAGCUUCAUUUCUAGCCAUCAUAGAGGGAAUGGUCAAGAUAUCGAAAUGGUUAUCCCGAUAUCUAGACACUGCGGUGAAAGCAUCUCAGCAUACCACUUUUUUUUUCAAUGAGAUUUCUAAUUUCAAUUAUAUCCUAAACUCGUUCUAUGACCACGCCAAUAAUGCAAAAGAGGAUCUCAGUAGGAGAGAAAAAAGAAAACUAACCCAAUUGAUUAAAAAUAUGGCAAGUCAAUGUCUCUAUAUUGGAAAAGAGGCAAAGGCAAUUAAAAAGAUUUACGCCAAGAUACAUCAGUACAGCUCGACGAAACUACGAAAAAUAUGGGCCCAAGUACGCUGGUCUUUUAUCAAACCAGAUAUGGAAGAAUUGCUCUUAUGCAUGAACACGGUGAAAUCAAGUGCCUCUUUCAUGACUACCCAUUUGAUUUUAAAACGGCAGAAGGUGGAAGCAGCGGAUUCAAAAAUAAUUAACAUACUCAAAGACCAGCUAAAAGUUAUUAAAAAGCAAGUCGAACAAGACGGAAGAGUAUUAGAAGCCUACCGGCAACGCCAGCAGAUUGGCAGUGGCGGAGCAUCCAACGAUCACCUCGAGAGGUUCCUUGAGGACAACGUUGUGAUGGAGCGUUUCGUCCACAGAGUUGUGAGAGUAAUGGACAAAGAAAGGGCUCGUACAGACGAACAAGGCGCGCAAGGUAGGCGUGGACCAAGUCCCCCUCAGAGGCCAACUUCUUCACCAGGUCCAUCACCAAGACGACCACCGCCCCCAGGCCCUCAGUUGCCGGGGCUCCGGGACAGCACUAUCAUACCAGAGGAGCGAAACCACUCAACGGUCUCGGAAUGGCGAGAUUCAACACACAUGCAGUUGGUGAGUUUGGGAGGCCCAACUCGUGAUAUAAGGAACAAUCAAAAACCACCUCAGGGUAGCAGAUUUUCAUCACAGCCGCGAACGAGGCCGCAACCAGCGAGCAUAUCGGGACCGAGAAUUCGAGAUAACGGCACACAAAUCACUGAGGAGUUUGGGGAAUGGCCAACGGCCACGCAUUACUCCAACGCAAGUUCGAUAGCUCCUUCGCCGUCACCUUCACCAAGUGCCAAGAAACCACCAGAAAGAAAUUUGGGGGAUAAGCCAGCUGACACAGGAAUGGCCCAAGAAAUAGGCCAGCCGAAUUCCGCCAGAUCAUCUGCAAGCUCUAACGACCAUCUCCCUGCAAGCUCUCUUGAGUCUCUUCGAGAGGUUCAGAAGCCGCCAGAUUUCCAUAGUCCAUGGCAGCCUGUACCCCCGUUUACAAGCCAAGGCCCAAGGAGAAGGCGGCGGCGUCCGAGAACAUCCUCCGCAUCAUCUUAAGCACGUACACGGACUUAAUCUUCUCAUAUAGAAGAGAAAGUGACGGCCAGAAGGCACUUCAAGUCCGACCUUGAGGGGGUAAUGCAGCAUGGAAUGACGGGUACAGGCGAACAGAGCUGUCCCCGUGAUGCUCUUUAGUCGAGUUGAAUAGUUCGGAAUGCGCCAACGGGGAGGACCAUCACUGUAUACUAUUUCUUUCCGCCUACAUAGUGAACUGGAACGCAAAAGUCUGCUUUGACGUGUCGGCCACAGGUGUGAGGCUUGAUUGGAUGGCGCUGCAUGAAUCGUUUAUGGAAGAUUAAAAUGGCCCAAACGGUCGAAACGAUCGCCAACGAUCGAAAUGAUGGGAAAUCAGAAUCGCAUGACCCACUAAGUUAGUGUUGCUACCGGGGCUACCGGUAAUGUAACUUUGGUAGCUGUGAUUGGUGGCUUGUAGCUUUAAUUGACAACAAAUUUGGGGGAGAGGGG